UUUGUAUGGGAUGCUUUGUGUCAGGAUAGGGCAAGGUUGGAGCAUGUGGAUGAUGGGGAUUCUGAAAGUAGAAUAUAUUCAGAGAUGCCAUGGUGUGUGUGUGUGUGUGUGUAUGUGUGUGUGUGUAGAGGGGUGUGAGUGAGCCCAGCUGUGUGAGUGGGUGUGUUGGGGGAUGUCGUGGAGCUGUUUUCUGGUCCCAGAGGGAGAGAGAAAGCCCAGGAAAUCUCACUUUCUCCCUGCCCCUGGGUCUCCAGGCAACCGCACCACUUUGGAGUUACCAGGAGACAAGGUUGCCAGGGCAACACAGGCGUGAGUGGCAGCUCUGGGGCGAAGUCUGGGUGAGAAGAUCCAGCCAGGGAUCACGAUCAUUCACUUUGUUCCUCCCUUUCUCCCUGCUUCUCAUCAAUCCCACCUCCCUUCCUUCAUUGUCUUAACGAGCACGUAUUUGAGAACCUACAAAUGUGCUAGGUGCUAUUCUGGGUACUGGAGAACAGAAGUGAACAAGACAAUGUCCCUGCUGUAUCUCUCCUUCAGUCUUCCAGCUCCUGUCUCUUUAUUUCUCCUGCUCCCUUAUUUGUCCUGCGGUCCUGCCUUCCCCCCGUACCACAAAGGCGGCCCCACAGAACCCCUUAGCCAGUGAGGAAGUAAGUUGAGAGGCUUCAUCUCACAGACUUUCGGGGAUGGCCGUUGAUGUUUUGUCCACGAGCCUGUGUCCCCAGACACACACUCCGGCCCAUACUCAGGUGCACAGAAAGACAAGCACACAGCUCAUCCCCCUCUCCAAAACUCUCAGUUGUCAUUGGAUGACAUCAGCAAAACCACACACAAAUACAUGCCGAUCACAAUACUCCUCUGAGAUAUCAUAAGCCCCAUUUUACAGCAGGGCAAACUGAGGCUAGGAGACUUUAAAUAAUAUGUCACUCAUUCUGGUCUACUCCUCCAACUCUCAACCCUUAUAUUUGUCUGAUUAGCUAACAAUAAUAGUAAUCGUGCUGGUUCCCCCAGCAGCCUCCCUCAGGGAAGGGUCUUAUUUCCCUCGAAUGCACCCAUUCCUCCGCAUAGGUUCUAACCAUUUGCCCAUUCACCAGAGGAAUCGAGUUUUGAUGGACAGAUUCCUAGACCAAUAGAGAAACUAAGUGAACUGUACCGACGCGGCCACGGCUUGGGCGGGACUAAGGCUGGGAACGAGCCACCGAUUGGUCAGAGCUACGCGGCGAAUGGCGGAGACGCUGAGGCGGGUGCUAACCAAGGGCGGUGCGGCCUGGUCCGGGGAGGAGAACACGCCUGCCGCCGGACCGCCUUUGCUGCUGCUCGGUACACCAGGAUCUGGAAAAACAGCACUGCUAUUUGCUGCGGCCCUAGAGGCGGCGGGGGAGGGCCAAGGCCCAGUCCUCUUCCUGACACGAAGGCCUCUUCAAAGCAUGCCCCGCGGGACCGGAACGACUCUAGACCCAAUGCGACUCCAGAAGAUCCGCUUCCAGUACCCACCCUCAACCCGAGAGCUUUUCCGGCUCCUGUGCUCUGCCCAUGAGGCCCCGGGGCCAGCCCCCUCCCUUCUGCUGCUCGACGGCCUAGAAGAGUACCUAGCGGAAGACCCAGAGCCCCAGGAAGCCGCCUACCUCAUUGCCUUACUUCUAGACACAGCUGCCCACUUCAGCCACCGGCUUGGGCCUGGCCGGGAUUGUGGGCUCAUGGUGGCCCUCCAGACCCAGGAGGAGGCAGAUAGUGGGGACGUCCUGCACCUGGCACUGCUCCAGCGGUAUUUUCCUGCCCAGUGCUGGCUGCAGCCAGAUGCACCAGGUCCAGGAGAGCACGGCCUCCGAGCCUGCCUGGAGCCAGGCGGGCUGGGCCCCAGAACAGAGUGGUGGGUGACUUUCCGAUCAGAUGGAGAAAUGAUGAUCGCUCCGUGGCCCACCCAGGCUGGUGACCCCAGCUCAGGCAAGGGUUCAAGCUCUGGAGGCCAGCCCUGAGCUUUGGUGGGUGACUACCUCUCUGUGCUUCAGUUUCCCAUGGCUGGAAUACUUACCUCAGGGACAUAUGCAGAUCCAAAGACCUAAACAAUGUAAAGUGCUUUUUCUCUUUUAAAAGUAUAGCAUUAUCUUGUAUAUAUUUUACCCAAUCAA